AUGGCAUCUAUUAGCGGUCCCGGGGCUGAGAUACCUCGGGCUGGGCCGAUCGGGCCUGGAAGCCUCGGUGAUGACGCCGCGAGCAAUCGGCGCAAGAGGAAGUCUGGCUCCCCGCUUCCCUCGAAUAAGAGUGAUAAGCAGCCCAAAUUCGCCACUCGCCAGAGGAUCACCCGAGCUUGUGACUCGUGCAAAAUCAAAAAGACGAGGUGCACGGGCACUCUGCCUUGCACAAGAUGCACGCGGCUAUCACUUCCUUGCAGAUACAAUGCAGCUUAUUCGAGGGGUCUACCACCUACACCUCUUCCCGCUUCGCAGGGAAGUGGGUACUCGGAAGCUAGUCGUGAUGGGAGCACAGCACCGUCCAGUGAUGAAUUCUCCCAUCGCGCCGCUUCGAUCCCACGAGAUGCGGCCAGCCGUCACCUCGGUGGUUCGGGCCGGCAGGUAGUUUCGGUGCGCAACUCACCGGAACCGGGAUCGACGGACUUCGAAGGAAACUAUAUAGGCCCAGCGUCGGGGAUUUCGUUUAUCAAUCGCGUAUGGAGUCGAUUGCAUCAAGAUGAGAAAGCAAGUGUUCUUGAUGACCUGCAAAAUGCAUCGUCGAAGAAUACUGCUGUGUUCUCGUUCGGCGAUAACCCGUAUAGCUACGAUAAGGGCGCGGAGUUCCUGCUGCCAACAUAUGACAAGGCCAUGGAGCUGGUCGCUAUCUACUUUGACUUUUCGAUGGUGACCUAUCGUUUCUUACAUCGAGGUCAGGUCGAGAAUUGGGUCAAAUGCAUAUAUGAGGAUAAUAUUUCGGCGACGAAUCUUCCUACGGGGAAUAUGGUUGCCAGGACGGCUAUUGUCCUCACAUUAUUCGCUGUGAGCACAUUACACGCAGAUUUGCAGCCAGGGAGGAGAGCAGGAGAUCGCAUCAAAAGUGAACACUGGUUCGCUGCCUCCAAGCAUAUCUCUUCUAUUGAGUCUGGCCCGCCGCGGCUGGAAACGAUACAGGUCAGGUUGAUCCAAUGCCUUUAUCUUCUUUCCUCAUCCCGAGCCAACGAGUGUUGGUACUCCUUCGGAACGGCGUUGCAGGUUGUGACCGCUCUGGGCCUUCAUCGCAAAUCACCUGCAAAACGAUCCAAUCAUGGGAUCUCGUAUCUCGAGCUACAAAUUCGAAAACGCAUCUUUUGGAGUGUCUAUACUUUGGAUAAAUACCUCAGCAUCAUGUUUGGACGGCCUCGGCUGCUGCAUGAUGAGGAUAUCGACCAAGAGCUUCCGGACGAAUUGAACGAUGAAGACCUGCUAGAGGAAGAUCCUUCACGGCGAACUGGAUCUGCAGAUAGUAUGAUGAUUGCGUCUGUUUUGCAUUACCGACUCGGGCGCAUCCUUGGUGGAAUCUCCCGCCAACUAUACAGCAUUAACCCUAUAUCCCGCGAUUCGCCGCUCGACACCGCAGUCCGACUCACAUCGGAGCUAGAAAAAUGGAAAGAAAGCGUCCCACCAAUCUUCAACAGCGUCCGCCCAGCUAGCCUCAUCCCACCACUAUGCCGACAGAGCCACGUCCUCCAACUCGCAUACUCCCACGCCAUGAUCCACGUCACCCGCUCAUUCCUUCUUACCGAUUUCACCGAUCUUAGCCGCCGCCCACACGACUCAAACUCGAUAGUCAGCUCGCAUGUUCAGAAAUGCAUUCAAGCCGCCGAAGAUAUCCUAACCAUCAUCGAAGCCCUCGUCCAGCAGAACACUUUCAUCCCCUCAUUCUGGUUCACCCACUACAUUUGCUUUUGCGCUAUUCUGGUUGUCUACAUCCAUAUCAUCCAGCAGCAACGCCAGUCCGUGGGGUCCAGUCCCUUCCACGGGCACCUGGCCGAGGCAACUCGCAAAAACUCCCCGAGCCGUCGCUACAGUAUUAUCCUUGAGGAGCUGAGGCGUGAAGUCCAUCGGCAGAUGGGCUCUGAUGCCAGGUCUGAUAUCUAUCAGCGCCCCGUGCAGCCUGAACCCGAGUCUCUUGUUCAAGGUGCGCUGGCGCCAAACGGGGACCAAGCGGUGACGCUGGGUGAUCAGAGUGUGGAGUUCGAGGGGAUGUCGGGGCUGUUGCAGGCGCCCGAGUUUGGGAUCAAUCCUGUUGAGGACGCGGGGCUUUUCGAGAGUCUCGAGGGCUCGAUUUGGUGGGCCCAGCUGGACUCCUGGGCCCUUUCGAAUUUUCCUAGUGAUUCUUUCUCGUUCAAUUUUUGA